AUGUCGACCACACAGUCCCGUCGGUUGAACGUGCACAACAUCAACCAACAUGUUGUUGCCGCCGAGUACGCGGUUCGCGGCGAGCUAGCCGUAAAGUCGGAGGAAUACCGCGCGAAGCUAGCCAAGGGUGAUAAGGACCUCCCCUUCGAUGCUGUCAUCUCGGCCAACAUCGGAAACCCCCAGCAGCUUGACCAGAAGCCCAUUACCUUCUUCCGCCAGGUUGUCAGUCUGUUGGAGAACCCCUUGCUCCUCGAGCACGAGGAUGUUCUGUUGAAUCAACUCGGCUACAAGAGCGACGUUAUCUCUCGCGCCAAGUGGCUCUUGAGCAAGGUUGGCUCUGUUGGUGCUUACAGCGCCAGCGCCGGUGUCCCUGCUAUCAAGGAGAGUGUGGCCAAGUUUAUCGAGCGCCGAGACGGGUUCCCCGCCGAUCCCGCUCACAUCUACCUCUCUGGCGGUGCCUCUUCCGGCGUCAACACGCUCCUGCACAUUAUUGCCAAGGACUCUACAAGCGGCGUUCUGGUCCCCAUCCCCCAGUACCCGCUCUACACGGCGUCUCUCUCCGUCCUCGACGCUACCUGUGUUCCUUACUACCUCGAUGAGGCUUCUGGCUGGGGUACCGACUUGGCCACCAUCAAGUCUGCCUAUGAAAAGGCCACCUCGGAGGGCACUGAUGUUCGCGCUAUUGUUAUCAUCAACCCCGGCAACCCCACCGGUGCCUCCCUAUCCGAGGAUGAUAUCCGCGCCGUUUUUGACUUCGCGGCUGAGAAGAGUCUUGUCGUGAUGGCCGACGAGGUCUACCAGACCAACGUCUUUGUUGGCAAGUUCCACUCCUUCAAGGGCGUCCUUUGCAAGUUGCAGAAGGAGACCCCUGGCAAGUACGACCACGUCGAACUUGCCUCGCUGCACUCCAUCUCCAAGGGCAUGGUUGGCGAGUGCGGCCACCGCGGUGGCUACUUCGAGCUCGUCAACUUCGACCCCGAGGUCGAGGCCAACAUUUACAAGUUCGUAUCCAUCACCCUCUGCGCCCCCGUCGUCGGCCAGUGCAUCGUCGAGCUUAUGGUAAACCCUCCCAAGGAGGGUGAGCCCAGCUACGAGCUGUACCGCAAGGAGUACGACGGCAUCUUCAACGGCCUCAAGGAGCGUGCCACGGCGCUGCACAAGGCCUUUGACCAGAUGGAGGGCGUCGAGUGCGGCACGCCCCAGGGCUCCAUGUACCUCUUCCCGACCAUCAAGCUUCCCGCCAAGGCCGCUGAGGCCGCCAAGAAGGAGGGCCGCACCGCCGAUGAGUUCUACUGCAUGCGCAUGCUCGAGGCCACUGGCGUCUGCGUCGUGCCCGGCAGUGGGUUCGGCCAGAAGGAGGGCACCCUGCACUUCCGCACGACCUUCCUCGCCCCCGGCACCGACUGGGUCGGCCGCAUCAUCAACUUCCACAAGGACUUUGUUGAGAAGUACCGGUGA